UGUGGGGAUGGCAUUGGGACUGCAUGGGGUCACACAUGUGUAUGUCUGUGCAUAUGUGUACAUGCAUGUGUGAGCAUAUGAAUGUUCAUGAGUACAUGCAUGAGAGUGUGUGCACAUCUGGGUCUGUGCAUACUCAUGAGUGUGUACUGCACCUUGUACAUGCAUCUGUGUACAUGGCCACAAUACAUGUGAGCACACAUGUUUGUACGUGUGAGCAUGGACAUGAAUGAGCAUGAACACAUGCAUGUGUGCACAGGUGAGUGUGCCGCACAGUGCACAUGUGUACAUGUGCACAUGCCCUUGUGUCUGUGUCCAUAUGUGUGCAUGUGUUUGAGCAUGCCCUUGUACAUUUGUAUGUGCUGGUGUGUAUCACUUGUGCACUCAGACACAGACCUGUGAGGAGCAGCUGCCCCUCCCUCACUGCUGACACCGUGGUACCAGACUCACAUGCCUCUUGUGGCUGGAGGGUUUGCUGUGGGUGAAUGUGGCAUCUGGGUGUGGGUUUGUCCCUUCUUUUUUUAAUUGCAUUUAUUUAGCUGUACCAGGUCUUCAUUGCUGCGUGGACUUUUUUCUCUAGUUGCAGCAAGUGGGGGCUACUCUCUAGUUGCAGAGCAUGAGCUUCUCAUUGCAGUGGCUUUUCUUGUUGCAGAGUAUGAGCUCCAGGGUGCUCGGGCUUCAGUAGUUGCAGUGCACAGCUCAGUAGCUGCAACUCCUGAGCUCUAGAGCACAGGCUCAAUAGUUGUGGUGCAAGGGUUAAUUGCUCCGUGGCAUGUGGAAUCUUCCUUGAUCAGAGAUUGAACUCGUGUCUCCUGUAUUGGCAGGUGGAUUCUUUAUUACUGAGCCACCAGGGAAGCCUGGCCCUGCUCUUUUUUAAGGACACACCAAGAUGAAGACGGCUACCAACAUUUACAUCUUUAACCUGGCCCUGGCAGACACUUUGGUGCUGCUGACACUGCCCUUCCAGGGCACAGAUGUCCUCCUGGGCUUCUGGCCAUUUGGGAAUGCCCUGUGCAAGACAGUCAUUGCCAUCGACUAUUACAACAUGUUCACCAGCACCUUCACACUGACUGCCAUGAGUGUGGACCGCUAUGUGGCCAUCUGCCACCCCAUCCGUGCUCUCGACGUCCGGACAUCCAGCAAGGCCCAGGCCGUCAACGUGGCCAUCUGGGCCCUGGCCUCCGUUGUCGGUGUUCCUGUUGCCAUCAUGGGCUCGGCACAGGUUGAGGAUGAAGAGAUCGAGUGUCUGGUGGAGAUCCCCACCCCACAGGAUUACUGGGGCCCCGUGUUUGCCAUCUGCAUCUUCCUUUUCUCCUUCAUCAUCCCCGUGCUCAUCAUCUCCAUCUGCUACAGCCUGAUGAUCCGGCGGCUACGUGGCGUCCGCCUGCUCUCAGGCUCCCGGGAGAAGGACCGGAACCUGCGGCGCAUCACGCGACUGGUGCUGGUGGUGGUGGCAGUGUUCGUGGGCUGCUGGACGCCUGUCCAGGUCUUCGUGCUGGUCCAAGGGCUGGGUGUCCAGCCGGGUAGUGAGACCGCAGUGGCCAUCCUGCGUUUCUGCACAGCCCUUGGCUAUGUCAACAGCGGCCUCAACCCUAUCCUUUAUGCCUUCCUGGAUGAGAACUUCAAAGCCUGCUUCCGCAAGUUCUGCUGUGCAUCAACCCUGCGACGGGAGAUGCAGGUGUCUGACCGCGUGCGCAGCAUUGCCAAGGACGUGGCUCUCGCCCACAAGACCUCUGAGACGGUGCCGCGGCCAGCAUGACUAGGCGUGGACCUGCCCAUGGUGCCUGUCAGCCCGCAGAGCCCAUCCACACCCAACACAGAGCUCACACAGGUCACCGCUCUCUAGGCUGACGCACUGUUACUGUGCAUCACCAGCCUCCUUGGGUUGCCCUGUGGCCUCGGAGGGUCUGCUGCUUUCAUGGGACAGGUCAGAGCAGUAUGGCCGCCCUCAAAGCCCUGGUCCUACUAGUACAGGGCAGGGGGUGGAUACAUGGACUCAACUGGUGAGACUGCCUGGCCAGAGGUGUGCUGGCAUUGUCAAGCUUCAUGGACCCUUCUGGUCUCUCCCUCAACAUCUUGCUGUGGAUAGACACGCACCUGGAGGUGUAACUGCAGCUGUACAGACCCAUGUGCCCUCAUGCUGUGUGCUGUAUGCUAGGAGCCUUGCAGUGUCUCCUCUGGGCAGCCGGACAGGCAUGGGACUGCCUGGAGAGUCCAGUGGGCAUCCCCGGGCAGUGGGACUUGUUCUGAGAGUGGAACUUCUUUCAGAGGUGUCUCAGCAAGCCUGUUUCCUCCAGAACACACAAACCAUGGCACUGCAGACAUGGCUGUUCAGGUGUGCAAGGUGACCAGGAGGACCACAGCAGGCCUUUGUCAUUUGUGGAGCAGCCCCUGUGCCUGGUCUCAGCUGCAGGGAGUGGGGAUGGCUCUGUGGUGAUCUUUCUAGAGUGCCUGUGCACCCCUCAGCCUCCCUCUCAGAUCCCUCGUUUCAGACUCCAUCUGAGGUCAGCGGCUUUGCAGCUGGCAGAACCCUCUGCCCUGUCUGUUCUGGUGGCCUUGGAAGGAUGGUAGUGGGCCAGGUUCUGCUCUGCAUCCCCAGUGACUGACCACUACUUCAUUUUCAGGCCUCCAGUUGUCUGGGGGGGGGGUACCUUCCUGCUGUUACAACCUGUCUUAAGCAGUGCCCAGUCAGAGCACAGUUUCAUAUGCAGAGCUGGUAGGAGAGCUGGGGCUUGGUGGGCCCACCUGAGCAAGGCUGCAAGGACUAUCUGGGCCGAGGGGACCCUGCCCACUAUGGCCACCUAGAGAAGCACCCUCCUGGUCUGUAGAUGAAGCCCAUAGGUCGGUGACUUGGCAAAGGCUCUUCAUGCAGACUGGCUGCUGAAACACCUGCCAACUGAGCUACAGACCUGGCCAGGUGAACCCGAGGCAGAGAGGGGGAGGCGCUGACUCUGGACUGGCCUCUCCUGCUUUGGGGUCCUGGGCCCUGUGGGGUUGUUCCUGGGGAGGGUGGGCCUCUCUUUGCCGCCAGCAGCGGGAGGCUGGGAGGACCAGAGCCACUACAACUGUGGCAUUUUCUCGCCAGUGCUGAAAGAUGUGUCAGUCUAUGCCUGUGUGACGUCUCUCCGUGUAUCUGUGCAUGCUGAGAGUGUGAUUUCCCCUGCAUGUAAACUGCCCUGAACUGUCUCCAGGGUCAUGACAGAGGGUCAGAAUAAACCCCUGCAUGCUGGUCAGAG